UUUUUUUUCAGCAUACUCCCCUGCUACAUUUAUACAAUUAUCCAAGCAUUUAACUAAUGCCUGGAAAGCUUUGUCCUAGAAAGAUUUGUCAGUAAGCCUGAACCAUCCUAGGACAGCCUGCUUCACCCUGUCAUGAUUGUGUUCACUGUUCCCACAGAAAGAUUUGUCUUGCAUGCAAUUUCACAACAGGUUAUGCAUCGAUUAUCCAGGAUCAGGCAUUCCCCAUGCUGAAUGUUCACAGGAAUGACUGCUGUGAGCUGGGAACCACCACGGCCACGAUUGUCACUGACAGAUGUACGACCAUCUUUGAAAUGUUUCCACCAUUCAAAUGUCUUACCGUACUGUGCUUGAAGUCGUCUGUAGAUAUCUGUAGAUUUUACACCUUCUUUUACAAGAAACAUCAUCACCAUAUGCUGUCC